AGAUUCAUGCCAAGGACUGAGCCCUGCACUCUGGGGGAUCCAAAUUCAUCUCAGGGACCAAGCCCUGCACCAGGAGACAAUUCCUUCCAGGAAGGGUCUCCAUGGAAAUCUGGAGUGGGUUAGAACAGGGAGACAAGACCUUCCAGGAAGGGUUUCCAUGGAAAUCUGGAGUGGGUUAGAACAGGGAGACAAGACCUUCCAGGAAGGGUUUCCAUGGGAAUCUGGAGUGGGUUAGAACAGGGAGACAAGAAGGGCUUCCAUGGGAAUCUGGAGUGGGUUAGAACAGGGUGAGAAGUCCUUCCAGGAAGGGUCUCCCUGGGAAUCUGGAGCAGCCUGGACGGUGCGAGGCGGUGGGAGGAGCAGGGGCCGCCCUUGCCCACCCCAUCCCUCCUCCCCAGUCUCUUCCCAGUGCAAGAUCCUGCGCUGCAACUCGGAGUACGUGGCGGCGACGCUGCCCCUGCGCGGCCCCGGCCGGGGCGCCGCGUUCUGCACCGCGCUCCGCUCCUACUCCCGCUGCACCCGCCGCACCGCCCGCACGUGCCGCGGCGACCUGGCCUUCCACUCAGCCGUGCACGGCAUCGAGGACCUCAUGAUCCAGAACAACUGCUCCAAGGAAGGGCCCACAGCGCCGCCCCGGCCCCGGCCCCCCGCCCCCGAGCGCCAGGGCUUCGAGUCGCUCGACGUCUGCGACUACGAGCGCAGCUUCCUCUACAAGCACGGCCGCCCGCCCGCCUUCCAGCACUGCGCCGCCUUCGGGGACCCCCACAUCCGCACCUUCCACCACGACUUCCACACGUGCCGGGUGGAGGGCUCCUGGCCGCUCCUGGACAACGACUACCUGUUCGUGCAGGCCACCAGCUCGCCGGUGGCCAAGGGGUCCAACGCGACGGUCACCAGCAAGCUCACCAUCAUAUUCAAGAACAUGAAGGAAUGCAUCGACCAGAAGGUCUACCAGGCCGAGCUGGACAACGUCCCGGCGGCCUUCCAGGACGGCUCGGUGAACGGGGGCGCGCGGCCGGGCGGGAGCAGCCUGGCCAUCCGCGAGCGCGCGCCCGGGCGGCACGUGGAGAUCCGCGCCGCCUACAUCGGCACCACCAUCGCCGUGCGCCAGGCCGGCCGCCAGCUCUCCUUCUCCAUCCGCGCCGCCGAGGAGGUGGCCCGGGCCUUCACGGAGGAGCAGGACCUGCAGCUGUGCGUGGGCGGCUGCCCCCGCAGCCAGCGCCUGUCCCGCAGCCCCCGCGGGCGCGGGCGCGUGCCGGCCGACACGGCGCGGGCGCUGUGCCGGGAGAUGCUGCCCGUGGAGGACGUCUACUUCCAGUCGUGCGUCUUCGACGUGGUGACCUCGGGCGACGCCAACUUCACCAUGGCGGCCCGCGGCGCGCUGGAGGACGCCCGGCUCUUCCUGCCCGACGCCGAGAAGCUCCACAUCUUCCAGGCCGGGGCGAGCUGCCCGUCCUCGUCCCCCCCCCUCCUCCUCCUCCUCCUCCUCCUCAGCUCUGCUCUUUGGGUGGUUUUGUUGCACUUUUAACCCCCGCCCGCUCCGUGUGGGACCCGGGAGAGCGGCUGGCUCCGGAUCCGUGGCUGCGACCGGGAAAGACGCCUCACCUCGGAUUGGGGGUCUCUGCAGCCGAAAGGAAUUGGAGACCUGGACCACGGGAAAGGGGAGAGGUGACCCCCUGGUUUGCACUCGCUGCUCUCGCAUGGGUGGUGCCAGCUGAUCCCAGCUCCUCUCCUGAAGGCACAUCCCAGUUUUUCGGUUCGAUUCUCACGUGUUCCUUUUUCCCUAAGGAUGUGACGUUGCAGCAAAAUAAACACCCAGGGUCAGAAACCCCCUCUGCCCCUCAGAGCCUUCCCAAAACUCACUUCCCGUCCUUCUCCUGGUGUUAAUCCAGCAGAAUUUCGUUCAGGAGCCCUACAAAUGCAGAAAUAACGGACUCAAAGCCCAAAUCCCAAUUUUUAGCAGUUUGGUGGAUUUGGGACCCUUCACCCAGAAGCAGAGCAUGACCAUGAGUCGGUUUUGGGAGCGUUGUGACCGAGGGGGGAAUCAGUUUUGUCCAUCUCCUCCUCUUCCAGGAUCAACAGCAGGCUGAUCUCCAGCAGUGGGAGCUGUGGAGCACCAGGCCUCGGAUAUCCCAGGCCACUGUUGCUAUUUUUCCUUGUUGUCUUGGCACCUGUUGCAGACUUGAUUUAGCCGGGUCUGGACUCGGGACCAGCAUCAGGUUUCAGGGAGGGAAAAAACACCCCUUGGGAAUCUCUCUCCCUUGGGCCCAGAUUCUCUGCGGCUCCUCAAAUCCAACCCAAAUUGGGGGUUUCGCUUGGAAAACAGAAUUCCUGAUGGCAAAGAGCCAGCUGGGCACAGGGAUGGGCAGGGGAACCCCCCAGGGAAGGUGCAGGACUGCAGAGGGGAGGGCAAAUUUCGCGUGUUUCAGAGGAUUUCAGCCGGAGUUCUAAAGGAGAAAUGUUUUCCAUAGGAAAAACUUCCCUUUAUUUUUAACAAAGGACUAAAAACUUGGCCAUCCCUGCCCCAUGGAGAUGCAAGAAGAGCCUUGCAGUGCUCCAUGGGGAGAAAAUCCUUCGUGGGAAUAAGAUUCUCUGAAGGGAGAAAAUCCUCUGGGGCAGGGUUGAGAGUGCUGGAGCUCCUGGUAGAGAUGGGACUGGCCCCAUCCAGGAAUAUUAAAAGAAAGAACUGAAUUUUAU